AUGCGUUACUCUCUGUGGUGCUCCAUUUUUGGGGGUCUUGUUGGAGGCGCCUCCGCCACCCAAGCAUCUCCAGCUCACAUGCAGGAGCUUAAGGAACGCUGGGGUGAAGAUUGGGCAUUUUCAGGCAUUACUACUUUUGGCCACUUGGAGCAUGUCCAUUGUCUCACCAAUCCGGACACGCCAUUUGACAUAGGGAUCAUUGGCACGCCGUUCGACACGGCCGUGAGCUAUCGACCCGGUGCGCGUAUGGGCCCGCGUGCCAUUCGUACCGCCUCUGCUCGCCAUAUCCCAUCGCGCGCCUUUCAUGCCGCAGCUCAAAUCAACCCGUAUCAGUCAUGGGCUCGCGUGCUAGAUUGUGGUGAUAUCCCCGUCACUCCAUUUGACAACGCCGUCGCCGUCCAUCAAAUGACCGAGGCCUACCGGGAGCUGGGCUCUCGGAGGACAACCACCGGGACGGGCAAGCCCAAGCUCAUCACCCUCGGUGGAGAUCAUCUCGUGGCGCUUCCCGCCCUCCGAGCUCUUCGCGAACAGUACGGCGAGCCCGUGGCUCUCUUGCAUUUCGAUUCCCACCUUGACUCGCUGCAUCCCGAUCGGUACCCUUCAGCUUGGACUUCCAUGCAAUCUCAGUUUAACCACGGCUCUGUCUUCUGGAAUGCCAUGAAGGAGGGCCUAAUUUCGAACUCCUCAUCUCUACAUGCCGGUAUCAACACCCGUUUGAGUGGGAAUUCCUUUCAGGACCUAGAAGACGACGACAAGCAGGGUUUCCUGCGCAUUGCCGCCGAUGAGGUUGACACGAUUGGCGCGGCUGGCAUCGUCGAUCGCAUUCAUCAGCAUAUCCCGAAGGAUCAGCCAGUCUACAUGAGCAUUGACAUCGAUGUGUUGGAUCCCGCGUUUGCCCCGGGAACGGGAGCCCCUGAACCGGGUGGUUGGACCACGCGCGAGAUGAUCAAAAUCUUGCGCGGUGUUAUGGAUCUCAACAUUGUCGGAGCUGAUAUCGUUGAGGUGGCCCCGGCCUACGACACUCCAGGGGGUGAAACCGCAUAUUUGGCGGCAAAUUUGGCGUACGAACUGGUCACUGGCAUGGUGGCCCGAGAACAGAAGUCCCGGGCGCCGGCGGGCGGGCAACAAGUGCCGGUAGGGAUGAUGCAAGAGCCCAACGAAUACGAGGUGUGCUACCGCCUCAAUCCCGGCGCUGAAAACGUCCUCAAUGGACUGUUGAAGCAAAUCAGCUAG